CCUGGUGUCACGUAGCUGGUAUUGCCCAGUCUGUCCCCCAACCCUGUGUUGCCUCAAUUACCCCUUGCGUGGGCGUUAGCAUCCUCAUCUAUGGCCUCGUCUCUGCCCAUUGCCUAAGUGCUACCAACCUUCAGGUGGCACCUAUAAUAGCCUCCAACGUUGUGCAUAGCAGCUCAGGCACCCCUAGUAGUGCCCAAGCGUCACCAGCAAUGCCCAAGCGUUACCCAAACGUUGCACAGCCAGCUGCCCAGCAUCCCUGCCUUGCCUCCAUUGCCUCGCCUGCAAACCCUGUGCCUGGCCUUGCCUUCAUGCCUAGUACUACCACACCUUUUGCCUUGGUGUCGCCCUUGCCCAAAGCCAAGCUUUACUUGGGUUCACCAAGGUUUCUUUGCUAUCAUCUCUAUCCGUACAGGAUGGUGGCCCUUAGCAUAGAUUUAUCCCCGGACACUCCCGAUGAUCAGUUACUACUCCCCGGGCCACUAUCAUCAAGGUUUUCCCCAUCACCAACUACCCCUAGUGUCUCAUAUGGGAUAAAAAAAUCAAUAGCAGGGAAAGUUGUCAAGCCCUUAAUAACCAUUAGUAAAGGCGUUUGUAGUGGCCUUCUCAGUAGCCUCCCUCCUCAUCUCCAUCUCAAUGGAAUAAGCCUCUACCAUGGCAGCCCUCUCUCGAGCUAUACAUAG